GAGAAAAGGUAAAAACUACCAUUAAAGCAGCCCAAGCAAGACUUAUUAUAUCGAUAUUCAUUAUGUCCUCUAUCAUUAUAACUAGUUGAUUUUUACUAAGUUCCUCAUCAAUUAUAAGAAAUUCAUAAGAAUAGCGGAAUCCCCCGCGCAGAGUACACAUAAAAAAGGAAAAAAGGGAUUAUGAUUAUGGAAGAUGACCCAAAAAGAAAAUGCAAAAUAUGCGAAACUGCAAAAGGAUCUGGCCUUAUUUUCCUCAUUUAAGAAAAAUAGCAAUCCAUAUACAAAUAUAAAAUCGCUAAUUCUCAUUCCGAUCUAAUCUGGCAUCCUCCAUAUGAUUAUAUAGGAGCUAGGAAACGACGGGAUAGAGGUUAUUCUGUUUACGAUCAAAAGGGUUUUGAACAUAAUAAUUCAAACAAGUAGUAUGCGGAAUUGUCCUUUUCCUUUAUAGGAAUCCUAUGAACAACAAGUAUUUCAAAUUCUUUAUAAUCAGGCGACACCCGGAUUUGAACUGGGGAAAAAAGGAUUUGCAGUCCCUCGCCUUACCACUCGGCCAUGUCGCCAAAAGGAUACAAAAACUUUGGGAACGACUUUUUUGAUUGUACUUGUUUCUUUCUUUUCUCCUAAAAAAAUACUGUGAGUUUAUUCCACUUUAUUUUUUUUUUAUUUUAUUUGAGCCAUCUAACUACAAAUAUAAAAAAUAUAAAAAAGUGUCUUUUAGUUGAAUCAAAAUCUUUUUUCUAAGAUACUAUAAAAAAGAUUUUCAAAUUAUUUUUUUUAUUAUCUAUGAAAUUCUUAGAAAUUCCUAAAUCUUUUUUAUAGUUCAGAUAUGGAGUUCGAUACAAUUUCAUGUGAUUCAGUAAAAACAAUAGAAAUUUCCUCAUUAAGAAAUCAUCUAUUUUCUUAGCUAUUAGAUGAAGGAUUCAUAAAGUUUCAUAAAAUCAAUAUAAAUAAUAAUAAAGAAAAUAAAAAGGAAUUAAAAAAAAAUGCUUGUAGAUGUAAAAAAGGGCGGAGUUACUACAAUCCCUGGAUUGAAUCAGAUACAAUUUGAAGGAUUUUCUAGGUUUAUUGAUCAAGGUUUAAUGGAAGAACUUUCUAAGUUUCAAAAAUUGAGAUCUAGAUCACGAAAUCCAGUUUCAUUUAUUUGUGGAAACAUCUCAAUUGGUAGAACCGUUGAUCAAGGAAAGAGAUGCUGUGUAUGACUCACUAACAUAUUCUUCUGAAUUCUAUGUAUUGGCAGGAUUAAUUUGGAGAGCAAGUAAGGAUCGAUCUACACGUAUGCAAGAACAAAUCAUUUUUCUUGGCAGCAUUCCUCUAAUGAAUUCCCUGGGAAGUUUUAUAGUAAAUGGAAUCUAUAGAAUUGUGAUCAAUCAAAUACUACAAAGCCCUGCAUUUAUUAUCGGUCAGAAUUGGACCAUAACGGAAUUUUGGUUUACACCGGCACAAUAAUAUCAGAUUGGGGAGGAAGAUUAGAAUUAGAAAUUGAUAGAAAAGCUAGAAUAUGGGCUCGUGUGAGUAGGAAAAAAAAAAUAUCGAUUUAGUGCUAUCAUCAGCUAUGGGAUUAGAUCUAAGAGAAGUUAUAGAUAAUGCCUGUUAUCCUGAAAUUUUUUUAUCUUUUCUGAGUGAUAAGGAUACAAAAAAAAUUGGUUCAAAAGAAAACGCGAUUUUGGAGUUUUAUAAAAAAUUCGCUUGCGUAGGCGGUGAUCCGUUAGGGUAUGAAUACUUAUGUAAGGAAUUACAAAAAAAUUUUUUCACCAAAGAUGUGAAUUAGGACGGCUUGGUCGACGAAAUAUGAACCGAAGACUUAAUCUUGAUAUACCCCAGAAUAAUACUUUUUGGUACCACGAGAUAUAUUAGCAGCCGCCGAUCAUUUGAUUGACUCAAAUUUGGAAUGGGUACACUUGAUGAUAUGAAUCAUUUGCAAAAUAAACGUAUUCGGUCUGUAGCGGAUCUUUUACAAGAUCAAUUCGGAUUAGCUCUCGUUCGUUUCGAAAAUGUCGUUAAAACCACUAUAUGUGAAGCAAUUCGUCAUAAAUUAAUACCCACUCCUCAGAAUUUGGUAACUUCAACUCCCUUAACAACUACGUAUGAAUCUUUUUUUCGGGUUACACCCAUUAUCUCAAGUUUUAGAUCAACCAAUCCAUUGACACAAAUAGUUCAUGCAAGAAAAUUUAGUUAUUUAGGACCUGGAGGGCUGACAGGACGCACUGCUAGUUUUCGGAUCCGAGAUAUUCACCCUAGCCACUAUGGGCGUAUUUGCCCUAUUGACACAUCAGAAGGAAGCAAUGUUGGGCUUAUUGGAUCCUUAGCAAUUCAUGCGAGGAUUGACGUUGGGGAUCUCUAGAAAGUCCACUUUUUUGAAAUUUCUGAGCGAUCAACAAGGGUACGGAUGGUUUACUUAUCACCGGGUAGAGAUGAAUACUAUAUGGUAACGACAGGAAAUUCUUUGGCCUUGAAUCAGAAUAUUCAAGAAGAUCAGGUUGUUCCAGCUAGAUACUGUCAAGA